AGAAAUCACCGCCGAAUUUAAUCCCCCCGCCCAUGAAAUAGCCCUGCUCGAGCAGACCGCGAAAGACGCCGCAUCGAGCACGCUCAGCGAGGGUUGAGGGGUACUCCCAUAUUCCAGCUUCCUUUGCUGCAGCUAGCGUUGGGUAGAAGUGCUCAGAAGAAACAUACCACCCUAAGGAGGAGGAAGGUCCAGGGAUCUGCACGGCAUAGGGAGUGUCAGAAGACGAAGCAGGAUUGGGGGGCUGAGACGCAGAGACGUCUUGAUUCGGCCGGGAUGAGGGCUCGUCGGAUGGUGCAUUGAACAGUGAGAUGUCUGUAGGAUCUGAUGUGUUAGCCUUUUCUUGCGCACGGCGGCUCUCGCGCUCUUUCCGUUUACGGAUCGCAUCCUCAGACAUGGCACGACCGAAAGUUGCGGCCUCCUUCACUUCUUUUUCUUGCGCGAGGGAAAUCUGACGCUUGAUAUCAUCGACUCUCUGAGUGUUCCAGCGCUGCAUCGAUGAGGUUGAAGGAUCGUGAUGAGCAACUGAAUCGUCAACGAGAACGGCAAGUUCUGCACGGUGGCAUCAGUCUCUGUGGGGCGCGUAAGGUAGUGCGUGCGUGCUUACCACUCUCGACAAGAAAGGCCACCUCCUCUGGCAUCAACAACAACGGUACGCCUAAGAACACAUUCUGCUGGGAAAGAUGGGGCAGAGUGCCAGCCAAGAUCCCGCAGAUAUGGUGUUUGGAUCGAAGAGUUGCGAUAUCUGCCCUUGUCCGGCGUAAGACUGAUAUCAGGUACGACAAACGUAUAUUCCUUACCGUCCACAUCCCACACAUAAGCCUUGCAAUUCGAGACGCGAAGAGGUAUUCGACUUUCGAGUUCGACCAUAGGAUCAAAGGAGCGGAACUU